GUACUAAAAAUAUAAAACAUAACCUCAAUUUUAUAUACAACCAAUCAAAAAAAUUGUAAACAAAUUGCGUUAAGCUAAAAGUGCAGAUUGCUCAAGAAUGCAAAGUGCAUGCAGAUUGUGCCUCGCUAAGGAUUGUACAAUAAAAUCUAUUUUCGCUUAUGAAGAUCAAAAAAGUCGCCACAAUGAUUUGCAGGCGCUAAUAAAAGAGGCAACAGGAAUACAGAUCUUGGAAGAUGAUCUGGUAAAAGGACUUUGUGGUGCUUGUGCCGGAAUGAUAGUCACUGUGGUUAAAUUUAGGAGGAAAUGUCAUAGAAUCAAUGAUUUUAUGAAGAGUAUGAAAGUAUCUCUUGAGAAAGUCAAGAAAGAUGAUAUCAGGGAGCCUAAACCUAUUGAAGUAGAGCCCAUCAGCCUUCAGACGGAAAGGCCCAAAGAAGCUCCAAGUCUGCCCAAUACAGUUCCACAGGAUGUCAAUCAUGAAAUCCCAGCAGUUGGGAAGAGGCGUCGGAAAUUUUAUUCCCGAAAGGGCAUACCAUCAAAUGAUCCAGGAUUGUGUGAUAUUUGUGGGGGCCACUUUAGCUACCUGAGAUCCCACAAACUCAUUCAUCAGGAAUACCUUAAAUAUUCCUGUGAGAUUUGUGGUAGGAGAUUCCGCAAUGUUGGUAAUUUCCGGCUGCACAAAUUGCGCCACAAAGAACCCAGAUUUUCUUGUCAUACCUGUGGAAAAAUGUUCUACAUCAAACCCAAGCUUCUGAGGCACUUGAUGACACAUACUGGAGAGAGACCUCAUGCCUGUACUCUCUGUGAGAAAAAAUUCAGAGAAAAAAGACACCUACAGAUCCACUUCCGGAUACACACGGGAGAAAAGCCACAUGCUUGUAGUAUUUGCGAUGCUAGAUUCACAACUAGUGCAGGAGUGGCUCAGCAUAAGAAGCACAAUCACCGGUGAAGAUCGAGAUCUUGCUGUAUCAUCAAACUCAUAAAUUCGAGCAUUCUACAAAGUCUUUUUAUACUUAAUAAUUUCUUCUUAAUUCAUUUCCGGUUUCUAACCGAUUGAGGUCUUGUAUAUUUUUUUGCAAAACAUCAUGGAACUCGGAUAAUGGGAUGAGGUUGUAAGUCCUAUGCCCCAUGGAAUCAAGUGCAGUGAAGCACACUGGAUGCAAUUCGAACACCUUUAACGUCAGAAAAAUUCCUGAUGACCUAAAGGGGAUUCGAACCCGGGACACUUGCAUCAUAGAGCGAGUGCUCUACUACUCAUUGAGUGCCCUUGCCAAAUAUAACUGCCAUAUUAUUAGUUUGCAGUUAUAAAUGACUCAAUAGCCAAUAAAGCCUGCCCAUUUUGCAGCAAUUUUCUCCAAGUAGUAUGGAAUAUCGCAAAUAAAGAGUAUUUAGUACCCAUAUAAAAACACGUCUAUACAAUUAGCGCAUAUAUAAGUCGUGCUAAUUGCACAAAGAACAUGACUUUGUACAGAUUUAGAUUUCUUACUUACCGAAUUUGAUUUUUUUACUUCCCAUUUUUGAUUUGUUUACUUGCCAUUUUUGAUUUUUUAACUUACCAUUUUAGAUUUUUACUUGCCAUUUUUAUUCAUUUAUUUUGUAGUAUAAUUUUUAAAUUUAGAAUUGAACUUCAGUUAACUUCAGAUUCUAGUCGGCGCUUUGGUCAAAAAAAAUCGUCAAUAAUUAUGGUAGAUGGCGAUGAUGGCACUCGCUGGUGAAAAAAACAAAAGAGAAGGUGCUAAAAUAAAUUGAAAUCUUUAAAAAAGUGUUUAAACUGCAACUUACUUGAUUUUUUUACUUACCAUUUUAGAUUUUUUAAAUUAUCAUUUUAGAUUUUUUUACUUGCCAUUUUAGUUUUUUUACUUACCAGUUUAGAUUUUUUUACUUAUCAUUUUAGAUUUCUUUUUACAUACCAUUUGUGAAUUUUUUACUUACCCUUUUAGAUUUUUUAACUUACCAAUUGCUUUGUUACUUACCUAUUUUGAUUCUUUACUUACCAUUUUUGAUUUUUUUACUUACCAAAUUUCUUUUUUUUUACUUACCAAUUUUGAAUUUUUACUUACCAAUUUUGAAUUUUUACCUACCAAUUUUGCUUUUCUACUUACCGAAUUUACAAUUUUACUUACCAUUCCACCAUUUAACUUAUCGAACACUGCAAGAGAAAUCCGAAAAUGUUAAAAUACCAUUCCAGAAAUGUUUAUUUUACCCUGUAGUAUUGAUGCGAAAUCGGUGUAAAUAUUAUGCUUUUUAUGUGUAUUAGGGGUUACAGUUACCCUUUUUCAUGUUAAUUUUACCCUUAAAAAGAUGUAAAGUUAACAUUAAAAAAUGUUGAUAUAUUUUUACACCUAA